GAAGAAGCGCUCUCACUGUGGGUCUCCGCGCCUCACCGAGCACAGUCACGCGAAGGCACGCUCCGCUCUGGCGGGCGCGCGAUCGCGCGCGCUCCCGCUACCCUCUCCGGUGACGUGCCUGACCGAGGCCGCGCUAGGGCGCUGGAGCUGCCACUGAGCGGCUGUCAUGGCGUCGGAGGCGCUGACUGAGGAGAGCCGGCCGCGCUGUCUAUAGGACCAGGGGCGGGCGGCCGGGCAUGGAGAGCGGCCCUGACAGCCCGCAGCCUCUAGAUCCCGGGGUGGCGGCGGGACGAGAGUCACCGCCGGAAGGGCGACGGCACGGCGGGCGCGAGGCUGAGGAUGGUCUCGCAGGACGCGCGGUGGAGAGCGGCGGGCAGGGGGCGGCGGCCGCGCGGAGCAGCCCCGGGCACCCGACGUCCCCUUCACAGCUCGGCUGCGGCGCGGACUCGGACUUGAAGGACAGCUUGUCGCCGAGCCCCGCCGCCUCGGAGGCGCCUCCGAGAGGGCAGCACAAGGUGACCGCCUCCCCGGAGCUGGCCGAGGCCGCGGCGGGCCGAGGGUCGGGACCAGUGGGCGACGCGGGCACCUGCGGGGUGGAGCAGGCGGCCGAGGAGCCCAGCAGCGCCGGCGCCCUGAGCAGCAGCUGCAGCGAGCCGAGCCCCCCUGGGGACUCGCCCAGCCUGGACUCCCUGGAGUCUUUCUCCAACCUGCAUUCUUUCCCCAGUAGCUCUGAGUUCAAUAGUGAGGAGGGAGCGGAGACCAGGGUCCCCGAAGACGUGGAGGAGGGCGCGGCGGGGCCGCCCAGGGCUGCACCUCUGUGCAAAGAGGAGGAGGAGGACCCGGCUCAGGUGCUAGCGGCCUCCAAAGAACGCUUUCCCGGACAGUCAGUGUAUCACAUCAAAUGGAUCCAGUGGAAAGAGGAGAACACGCCCAUCAUCACCCAGAAUGAGAACGGACCCUGCCCUUUGCUGGCCAUCCUCAAUGUUUUGCUUCUGGCCUGGAAGGUGAAACUUCCACCAAUGAUGGAAAUCAUAACUGCGGAGCAGCUGAUGGAAUACUUAGGCGAUUACAUGCUUGAGGCAAAGCCAAAAGAAAUUUCAGAAAUUCAACGUGUAAAUUAUGAACAGAAUAUGAGUGAUGCUAUGGCAAUCUUGCACAAACUGCAGACAGGCCUGGAUGUGAAUGUCAGAUUUACUGGUGUACGAGUGUUCGAGUAUACACCAGAGUGCAUAGUCUUCGAUCUUCUAGAUAUCCCUUUGUAUCAUGGGUGGUUAGUGGACCCUCAGACUGAUGACAUUGUAAAAGCUGUUGGCAACUGCAGCUACAACCAACUGGUGGAGAAGAUCAUCUCCUGUAAGCAGUCAGACAACAGCCAGUUGGUUAGUGAAGGCUUUGUAGCUGAGCAGUUUCUAAACAAUACAGCCACUCAACUGACGUACCAUGGAUUAUGUGAACUGACUUCAACCGUUCAGGAAGGAGAGCUCUGUGUGUUCUUUCGGAAUAACCAUUUUAGCACCAUGACAAAACACAAGGGUCAACUGUAUUUGUUGGUAACAGACCAGGGGUUUCUUACUGAAGAAAAAGUUGUCUGGGAAAGCCUGCACAAUGUAGAUGGUGAUGGGAAUUUUUGUGACUCAGAAUUCCAUCUUCGACCUCCUUCAGAUCCUGAGACUGUGUACAAAGGUCAACAAGACCAAAUCGAUCAGGACUACCUUAUGGCACUGUCACUGCAGCAAGAACAGCAGAGCCAAGAGAUCAACUGGGAGCAGAUCCCAGAAGGAAUCAGUGACCUGGAGUUGGCGAAGAAACUCCAAGAGGAGGAGGACAGACGGGCCUCUCAGUACUACCAGGAGCAGGAGCAGGCACAGGCGGCUGUGGCUGCUACCACCACUUCCACACAGGUCCAGCAGGGCCAGCCAGCACAACCCUCUCCAUCAAGUGUAAAACAGCCUGGAAAUAGUGAACGGAAACGCAAAGAACCUCGGGAAAAAGAGAAAGAAAAGGAAAAAAAUAGUUGUGUGAUAUUAUAGGAAGUGCUGGCAUCUGUGGGAACCACCUAUGCAGAUGACGGAAAGGAAGACCCAGUACCUACCGUCUGUGCCUGAUCUCUCAAUGGAUUUUGUUCUUGUUUUCCAGGGGAAGGUUGUUACUUUGUUACAAUCAACUUUUUUUAAGUUACACAAUAUACUCUUUAUGAGCUGGAGUUUUGUUACAAAGUGGAACUGUUGUAUGUUGUCACUUGUAGCCAAAUAAGUAUAUCACUUCUAUUUUAUGUUUAGUGAUAUGACAACUCUAAUCAGUUUGUAAGCUACUGUGUGUCCGACAAUGGAUGGAGGUCACCUGAGUGAGUCCUAUCCUUCUCAAGAUGUAAUUAUCAGCACAGUUAUUUCUGAAACAUUUAUGCUAAAUUAUGUUCUAAUCCAUAAGAAAUGAGGAGUUUAAUAUAGGGAGAGGAAAAAAAAGCAGGAAUAAAUGACCCUUCGUUGUACACUGAACUGGCUCAGCCCUUGAACAGCUUUACCUUUCUUUAGCAAUGUACAUUUUAGAUAUUAUCUUGAGAACUGAUAAUGAAGCUUGGAUCCAAUUUAGAUAGAAAAUUUUUUUAUUUUCCAAUAGCAAAAAAAAACCCACAAAAAUUAUAUGACACUAAUACAUAUAACCUAUUCAAAUCAGAUACUGACUUUGUAGUAUUGUGAGAUUCUGAGGAAUUUUAACACCUUUAGGUAACCUGAAUGGUGGUUUCUGUUUGUUAAGGAUGUGGUGAGUGAGACCACACUCAUGUUUUAGCCUUGUAAAUAGGAUGGCAGAGAAGAGCAGAGUUCACUGUCUACCUUUUUCUAGAUUUACCUUGAACCUUAAAUUUUAAAUCAUGUUUAUUGCUAGAAAAUUAAGCAUAGUUAUUUAAACCAACAAAAAGCACAUUUCUGAAGGAAAGUUAAUCUCUUGACUCUAAUGAAAAGAUAUUAAUAAAAUUCUGAACAUAGCAGGAAUCUGAAGGAAUUUAUGUAAAAGCAGUCAGAUUUUUUAACUUAUGAGAACCAAAUAAACCUAAGACAUCUUAUAUCAUUUAUAGGAUUCUGAAAGAAUAUUUACUCAGCUUUGUGAUGAGGCAGCACAUAUUGUAAUUUCUAAAUCAAGUUUGAAAACGAUCCUUAACAGUCCUUUUUAUAUACUUUGUAUUUAAAAUUUGUUUCAGUCAUUUUUUUUUAAAGAUUAUUGCCGGUACAGGUAGCUGUAUGAUUUGCCCUAAGCCUCAGUAAACUUGUUUAUUCAGGACCAUCACAAAUUGAACGUCCAGUCAGAGAAUAUUUCUUGUGGUCUGGAGACAACGAAAGACUACAAAAAAAAAAAAAAAAAAGUAGUCUAGAGUUUCUUAAGACUAUUGUCAUCAACAUUCUCCAUGAUCCCAAACCAACUGUAGGAUGGAUCUGUAUGUAAAAAGUAGAGUUUUAUUUAUGAAAAGUAUUAUUCUAAGGGGAAAAAUUCAGGGCUAUGCUGUAUCCUUUAUACUCUUCUAUAUUACAUGUCUACUUAUGUUCUUUGUUAUUCAGAUUUCCUAUGCUAGCAUGGGAACCAAUCAGAGAACCUGCUGGGCUAUAAAAUUUGUGUAUAAAUACUUGGUAAGUCUCUUGAUUCCAACCUAGAGUGAGUAUAAACUGUCAAAGAGCCCUGUGGUGGGCUGACUCGGCAGAAACACACAGACAGCAGCACUCUGAUACUCCGAGGAGAAGGCUCAAUCCUCAGGGUUUGCUUUUCCCAGAACCGUCUAUAUUUUAAUUUAGAAAACAAUAACCUUGAGUAA